AUGCAGAGCAAGAGAAGAGCAUCUCUAAAUAACUUUAGAUUUGGUGGAUCUGCUUCAGAAGACUCUCCAAGCAUCUUGGAAUACACUGACAAGCCUCAUCAGUUCAGCUAUUACGUGCAGGAAGAAGUAAAGAUGGCGAAUGCGUCAACCCCUACAGUGAUUGAGAAUUUUGGGCAAGUGGACCUAAUGUACAUCUCUAUCGAGAGCACCAUCGCCCUGGUAUCAGUGCUGGGGAACGUACUGGUGGUCUUAGUGAUCGGCAUGAACCAAACUCUCAGAGAUCCCACCUUCUGUUUCAUUGUAUCUCUGGCAAUGGCUGAUAUUGCCGUUGGCACUCUGGUCAUUCCUUUGGCGGUGGUUAUCAGUCUUGGGCUAAUGACCCCAUUUUACUCCUGCCUCUUCAUCUCCUGUCUUCUUGUCAUCAUCACUCAAAGCUCCAUAUUGUCCCUGUUGGCCAUCGCCAUCGACCGCUUCUUACGUGUCAAAAUCCCCACCAGAUACAACAUCAUCGUUACACAGAGACGGGCAUGGUUAGCUGUGGGUUUGUGCUGGCUCCUCUCUUUUCUGGCCGGUUUAGUGCCCAUGGCCGGCUGGCACCAUAGCCCACCCGGGAACAUCAGCACGGUGCCCAUACAAUGCCAGUUCAUCAGUGUCAUGAGACUGGAUUACAUGGUCUACUUCAACUUCUUCGGUUGGGUGGUGGUACCCCUGACCGUCAUGACUGGACUGUAUGCAGAAAUCUUCCGCGUGAUUUGCCGUCAGCUCAAUCGCAGAGCCGAGGCUACUACUACCGACUCCAGCAAGUACUACCGCAAAGAGCUUAAACUGGCCAAGUCGUUGGCGCUAGUUCUCUUUCUGUUUGCUCUCUGCUGGCUGCCGCUCCAUUGUAUGAACUGCAUUGUGUUUUUUUGCCCUACAUGUUAUGUGCCAAAGAGCGCCUUUUAUGUGGGUAUCUUUAUGUCGCACGGCAACUCCGCCCUCAACCCGUUGGUGUACGCGUUCCGUAUCCAGCGCUUCCGUGAUACACUCAUUCACAUCAUCCAGCGAUUUGUUCUUUGUAAAACCUCCUCAACCAUCUCAAGCUCCCAUGGUCCUGGAACAAUUACUGAGAAAACACAAGUUCAGAUGUAGCAACUACGACUAAAAGCUAACUAUCUGGCACGUUCCACGAAUGUCCAUUUUUUUUUUCUUUUUUUUUUUAAAUAAUUUGUUUUUAUUGUUAGAACUAUUGUAAACUAUCAAAUGUCAGUAGGGUUAGGGUUAGGGUCCACCCACCUCCCCCUAAAAAUUACGAUUUUGGCCAGUCAAAUUAAAUCAUAGAACAAUAUCGUAUACAUAGGGUACAAUGGGGCUAAAAGCACCCAUUAAAGAAAAUGCUUUUUUUCUGGUCGCAAAAUGUAUCAAGAUUGAAAAAAUACAUUUCUUUUUAUCGAAUAUUGAUGGGGCUACAUAAUUUGUGUGAAAAGAAAUAAUAACUGUGGUUGUUUCAGCCUCAUGAAAUUUACGUAACAAUGGCAACAUCUUUGCAAACCAAAAUUACGUGCCUUAUUACACAUUCCCAGUGAAAUGUCCAGCAGGGGGCUCCAAAAGCAAAUUAAAUGAUGUUGUAAUCAGACAAGGUUUUUGAGGUGAAUCUUUGAUGGAUGUUUUAAUGAGUAAAACUUACCCCCCUAACCUAAACCUAACCAAUAGUGUUCAAAACGAUAAAUGAGAGCUGAACAAAACAAACAUCCUUACCAUAAUCCAACACCUAAACCUAACCAAUAAUGUUUUCAAGCAAAUUUCGACAUGAUUCGACAUUAAAAGCAUAUUUACUUAUGCAACCACGUCAUUUCACUUUUGCUUCACUUUCACUUUUGUUUCGAGCAUCCUUAGCUGGGUUCGAGGCUCGGUCUCCGAGUCCAAAGUCCAACACUCUAUCAGGUAAGCUACUGCGAAAGUUAAUCACAUUUGAAUAAGUGUGUACAUGUAGGUGGGUCUGUUACACAAGCUUUAAAAUAUAGAUCUGAAUAAUAGAGCGAAAAAUAAGUGUUUAUAAAGUCAUAAACAGUCAUAGUACCCGUGCUUUGUGUGAAAGUGAACAAAACGUGCAGUUGUUGUAGCGUCUCUAGUGUUAAUUUCACCAGGAAACUGCAGCAAAACGUAGAAAGCGGCACAUAAAAGUCGGUUUGCAAAAAUGUAGUUAUAGUAACGUUCAUUCCAUGAGACUAGGUUGCGUUGUUUUUAAAAAUAAAAAUGGGGGAAAACUUUUGGUUUAAUCACCUUGAACAAAAUUGAAAAUGUCAAUUAAGCAUCUUGUCUCAAAAUAAAUGUGAUAAUUUCAGGGAUUCUCAGUGGCUAUAUACAUUUGCAGUAUUUUAAAUGUUAUCAAAUAUGGGGUCUGGGUAGCUCAGUGAGUAUUGACGCUGACUACCACCCCUGGAGUCACGAGUUCGAAUCCAGGGUGUGCUGAGUGACUCCAGCCAGGUCUCCUAAGCAACCAAAUUGGGAGGGUAGAGUCACAUGGGGUAACCUCCUCAUGGUCUCUAUAAUGUGUUGUUCUCAGUCUCGGUGGGGCGUGUGGUGAGUUGUGCGUGGAUGCCACGGAGAAUAGCGUGAAGCCUCCACACGCGCUACGUCUCCACGGUAAUAAGAUGCGCGGAUUGACGGUCUCAGACGUGGAGGCAACUGAGACUCAUCCUCCGCCACUCAGAUUGAGACAAGUCACUAUGCCACCACGAGGACUUAGAGUGCAUUGGGAAUUGGGCAUUCCAAAUUGCGGAGAAAGGGGGAGAAAAAGAAAAGUUAUCAAAUAACCUCAAAAUCAACCUUGUAUGUGAUGACCUCAUGGGUCAGGCAAAUUUAGCAGUGCAUAGUGACAAAAAGAGAGAGAAAAUAAAAUCAAAAGUGCCUUAAACCCCAGGGGGGCCUUUAGCCCCGUUGUACCCUAAUCUUUUGAACUGAUAUUCAAUGAAUUGUAGUAAAAAGGUAUUUUUGGUCCCACUUGAUAUUAGGUGUCUUUAACUACUAUGUACUAACAUUAAACUACAUACAAUACAAUGUACUUAUUGUGUAACUACAUGUUGUUCUGCAAAACUCUCACAAGAUUCACAUUUGCUGCUAACUGAGGUUGAGUUACAGGUAGGUUUAAGGGUAGGGUUAGGGUUUAGGGUUAGGGUUAGGUUUUAGGAUUAGGAUUA